AUGAAGGGGUGCACAAGCCAAUGCAAAGCCGCGAUCCUGCCCUCACUCUGCGUUCCCCUCUUGAUUCGACCGACGCUGGCCGCCAAUGCAAGAAUUCUGCAAGCUGCAGUCAGUCCACUCGAACUCCCCAGCAGCGCACCGCAUUUUCAGGUCGUUCUUCUGCCGGCAAGAGACUGGCCAGCACGGUCAAGGACAAGACAUGCGAUGCUUGUACCCGAACUAGAAUCCGAUGAAUUGAUUUGUGCAGAUGCCAGCUGUGGUUCCGCAGACCAUGCAGAGUUAUUGGGUAAGGCGUCUUCUAAGGUUACGGCGGGCCAAGAACUUGCUUGUGAUUCUCCCAUCGCCACACUUGCUCGACCAAGCCCCGAUGUGCGGUGCGGUGCGGUGCUGCGCUGCGCUUGA